UUCCUACUCCUACUAGGCUACUGAACCACUUCCUCUUCUUUUCUCUCCCAAUUUGCUUCAGUUUCUUACUUCCUUUCUUCUCUCAUUAUGUAUCCACCCUUUUAUAUGAAUCUUUUGUCCGUAAGGAAUUGGGUUCGUGUACCAGCUAUUCUAAGAGUUAAACUAUUUAUGUUCGUAAUGGACUUCACAAGUAAAGGCAUAGCCUGGAUUGAAAAGGUUGGGGCUAAGUUGGAAAGUCUGUGUUCUGAAGUUGACGCCAGAUCUCAGGAACAACUAGAUUAUGUCGAAAGCCAAUUGCAGAUAGCUGGUGCAAAUCUGAAACAAUUUUGUUCAGAGUUUAUUCAAGAAAUAUUCCCUGCAUCUUUGUCAGAAGCCAAGGAAGACGAGACCAGUAAUUUAUCUUUAGAACAAAAUAUAAAGAAACAGCUUCUAGCUUCUGAGCUGUCAAACAUCAUCGUGGAAGAGGAUAAUAAGAAGGAACUUUCCCAUUCAAACUCGUCCUCCAUCGUGUUCCCUGCGGAAACUGCUGAAGGAGUGCAUAUUGAUUCUUCACUUCAGCCACAAGCAGAUAUGGUGAUGAAGAUGUCUGUUGAGGAUACUUCUGAAAAGGCUUUUACUGAGGGAACUCUACACAUGACAUCACUACCUUACGAGGGCGAUAACGGAGUUGAAGGUUCUGCCAAAUCUUCGACAAUUGCAUCAGUCAAAUGCCAAGAAUCUGACCCUUCUAUGCAAGUGGGGAAAACCAUAGAUGUCACGGAUCUUGAAGCUGACAUUUCAAAUGUCCCAUCUUUAACUUGUUCACCUUACUCUACUGUAUCACAAGAGUCUGCUUUUCCCGAUUUUGACGAAAUAAAUUCUUGUGCAGCACUUCCAGCUAUUUCAAGUGAGAAUGCAGGAGAGUCUGUGGAUCAUCAUGUAAAUGAACCAGGCGUCGACUCAGUACCCGAAGUGGAGUUUGAUGGAAACUGUGUUCUGGUGUAUAAGGAUGAUUUGUCGUCGUGCUCAGAAUUCUAUGGAGCUCAUAUCUCUCAAAAGAAAAACAUGACAAAGCUAGAAGUAAUGCCUGGAAAACAGAGAAACAAGGACACAGCCAUUUAUGAGGAUCUCAGUAUAGAAUCAGAGCAAUCAAAUGCAGAGAGCAAGCCAAAAUCUUCUCCAAAUGAGAAGCUUGAAUUUUCAGAAGAAGUCUUUUGCGACUCAGAUUGGGAGAUAAUCUAGACAAACUAGCUCCAAAUAAUACUCCAGUAAUGGUAUGGACAAUCAUCCAGAUAAAAAAAGCUUCAAAUGUAACCUCAGUAACAGUUUACAGAGAUUUAGUAAAUAAGCUCCGAACGAAACUGUGGUAACUCUUAACAUUCCUUAGGCAAACAAGGUUAAUCUGCUUUUUUGCGGAUUUCUCAUUGACUAUAGUUUUGGAGAUGGAUGCUUAUAUUUUUUAUUUAUUGAUGAGUAUAGUAAUUUUGGGCUCAGUUAUUAGAUCU